AUGGUCCGCUCGAACUGCUCUUGGACAACACUCAUCAGACAUGUCUUGGCCUUCGCCCUCACACACACACUUGGCCUCUCAAUCGAUCUGGAUGAACCCAACCAAUGGCAACAUGAUCUUGAUCGUAUCAAACCAGUGUUCACAAACACUCAAAUCUUGACUCUACGUCUCACAGUGGAAUAUAUCGACCAACAAUUUGUCGACACACUACUCUUCAAAGACAACUUCCUGGACAACAUUACAAAGCUCAAGCUCAUCGAUGAGUACUAUCAUGAUUUUGGUUGCAGUGAUUUCGCAUGUGCGCUGGUACUCCAACAUAGAGCCCUGUUCAACGGUCUGCCCAGUUUAUCCAAUCUACGCUCGCUUAGUAUAUACUUGCCUGGGAUGUCAGAAGGCCUUCGUAGUCUUGAUGAAGGAAUGAACUUCUUUGAGUCACUUCAUCAAUACCUAGUCAACAAUGGUCAUCUGUUGAAAACAUUCAAGUUUCCUAAACAUAGUCUAAAUCCUGGAACAUUGGACUACCUCUGCAAGUCACCCAAUCACUCAAUCAUGAAGCUUUCAAUCUUCUUUGAAGACCACAUACCUAUGGUAAUACGCCCAUUCAAACAUAUGGCCAUCGCAAUAUCCAACAGCUUCACUUCACACUCACUUGAUGAUCUCAUUCGCUCUAAGAACAACUUUGUCCAACACAUCAAGUUUGUUGACUUCCUUCCCUCAUACUUCUCAAUCUCUCCAUUGAUUGGAUCACUCACAUCAACUUCAUUAUCACUCAACUUUGAAGUACUGAUUCGUGAUGAUCGUGAUGACAUUGUUCCAAUGUUCAUCGAACAGCUGUCUAUCAACAAGGACAUUAUAUAUAUCUACCAUAUCAUUCCAGAUAACUAUGCCUUUUGUGAUAUCCAAAGUUAUCCAAAGUUCCAGUUGUUGGAUAAAUGUAUCCAAUCACAUCCGACCAUCCAGAACAAGUCAUCAUGGUAUUGGGACAGACGACAUUCUGAAUGA